ACUGCAUUUACAAUUGUCUGCUGGAAACAAGCGCUUUAGCAUCAAUACCCCGUACAAAGCGGCCUACUAUAGUUACAUCCAUGGUGAUGUAAAACGGUGGUGCGGAAAAAGCAAUGGAUAAAAGCAAAUCACCCGUACGCCGUGCUAAACGUCAAUCUAAAGUGGUGGAAGAAAACUUUUGGGACUGCAGCGUCUGUACUUAUCGCAAUACUGCUGAAGCCUUCAAGUGUUUAAUGUGUGACGUGAGAAAAGUUUACUCCGUUCCAGGGACUUCCACGCGAAAGCCGCGACUAAACUCAGCUCUAGCGGCGCAACAAGCGGCAACGCAAGCCUUUCCCGGGGCGUCCGGAGGGUCUCAGGCAGGAUCAAACGUAAAAUCGCCAGGCGGCACAAAAGCACAGCGGAGCAAAGGCAAGCGAUCGAAGCAUCCUGCAAGAUUAAAAAACAUUGAUCGUUCCAGCGGACAGACACGUGAAGUGACUGUCAAUUCGGUCACGGUGGUCAUUACCGAGUAUAAACCAAAGCCCUCCGUUAGCCGGCAUGACUCGAGUGAAAGUUUUAGUGAGAGUAAUGAUUCUAGAAGUUAAGCUUCCUUCCUGUUAUACCUCUGAUUGCUUUCUUAGGUAAUAAGUGC